AUGGGAGCUGGCUCCUACGUACGUUACGGCUCACACUCCUCCUACGUUUCAACGGCUCACGUGACUGCUACGUUCACGUAUCUACGAGUCGUAGUACGUACGGUUGGGAACGCUGGAAAUAGGAGAACGCUUGGGCUUGGGUCGAAAUAUAUGGCAGACAUCAUAGAAUGGUACGCUUCAUAUUGCAUCGAGGAAGUGCAACCAAAAAUCCCUCCUCAUGUUUUCAGUAAGCUCAAUUCCAUCCAAACUACAUCCAACUCCACGCUCCAGUUAGCUAUUAAGAUUCAAUCACAUUGGACAUAUUCCACCACUAGAACAUACUUGAAGAGCAACAUCGAUGACCUCUUCAAAAUAGGUUGGCUGGGAGAAUAUGGUGGUACGGACGAUUUGUUUGGGAUGCGCUCUUUGGUUGAUUGUACUUUUGGGUUGAAAUUGAACGGAUGA